CCAGUUUGACACCUGGCGACCAUCUCCUCCACGCGUGCUGUUAUAUAAAGAGCACCCAAACAUGUUAAAACAUCCACUCUGUCAGAGGAGUCAGGCGUAGUAGCCCUCUUUUGUCAAUUGCCAGACUAUAUUUUAAGUGUAGAAUAACUUUGCAAUAACUUCAAAACAACCAAAGACCACCAUGGAAAAAGCUCGUAGCAACAUGACAGAGUUUUGGAAAGAGCACUCCAAGGCCGCCACAAUGGAGGAGAUGAUGCUGGACACUCGUGCCAGGGAGCUGACCAAACAGGAGCUGCCCGAGAUCCUGUCCGUACUGCCCAGCCUGGCUGGAUCCAGAGUGCUGGAACUGGGAGCUGGGAUCGGUCGUUAUACCAGCCACCUGCUGACCAAGGCUGGCCAUGUGACGGCCGUGGACUUCAUGGAAAGCUUUGUGGAGAGGAACAGGCAGGACAAUGGUCACCAUAGCAACGUUACCUUUAUCCAAGCUGAUGUCACAAAGCUGGAUAUCCCCCCAAACAGCAUUGACUUUGUCUUUUCUAACUGGCUGCUGAUGUACCUGAGCAACGCAGAGCUGAAGUCCUUCAUGGAGAAGACGCUGGGCUGGCUGCGGCCCGGUGGCUUCUUUUUCUUCAGAGAGUCUUGCAACCACCGGUCAGGUGACUUCAAGAGAGACUUUGACCCCACUUGCUACCGCUCUGAGGCACAGUACAGCCACCUGGUAUCAUCACUACAGGUGCCAGAGGGGGACCAAAUAAUUGGUUUCGACAUUGUGUUGAAAAAGAAAGUUCAGGCCUAUGUUCAGAUGAAAAAUAAUCAGAAUCAGAUCUGCUGGCUUUUGGAGAAGGUUUCCCGCUCGUCGAGCACCCAGAACGGAUUCAACACCUUUCAGGAGUUCCUGGACAACCAGCAGUACACCAAACGCAGCAUCCUGCGCUACGAGAAGAUGUUCGGGGCUGGUUAUGUCAGCACAGGGGGGCCCUGCACCACCAAGGAGUUUGUGGACCUGCUCAACCUGAAGCCCGGACAGAAAGUUCUAGAUGUUGGCUGUGGUAUUGGUGGAGGAGACUUUUAUAUGGCAAAGACCUUUGGAGUGGAGGUGCUUGGCCUGGAUUUGUCAAACAACAUGGUGGACAUUGCCAUGGAGAGGGCCAUCACAGAGAAGCUGCCAUCAGUCCAGUUUGAGGUGGCUGAUGCCACUAAGAGGUCGUUCCCAGAAGGUUCCUUUGAUGUGAUCUACAGCAGAGACACAAUCUUGCACAUAGAUGACAAACUGGCCCUCUUCAAACGCUUCAAUUCGUGGUUAAAGCCAGGUGGAAAGUUGCUUAUCAGUGAUUACUGCUGCGGGGAGAAGCCCUGGACGCCGGUGUUUGAGGCCUACGUCAAACAGAGAGGCUACGUCCUCUAUACUCCCUCACAGUAUGGCAAGUUCCUCCAGGAAGCUGGUUUCUGCAAUGUUGGCUCAGAAGACCGGACAGCCCAGUUUAUCCAGGUGAUAAAGACAGAGCUGCAGACAGCUGAAGUCAUCAAGGAUGAAUUCAUUAAGGAAUUCUCUGAAGAGGACUAUUUUGCAAUAGUAAAUGGAUGGAAAGAAAAACUGGAACGUUCAAACAGUGGAGACCAACGAUGGGGACUCUUUUAUGCGACAAGGGAUUGAGUGAUUGAGAAGACAAUUAAAGAAAAA